GAAGUUUCAGUUUGAUCAACAAAACCCCACGUUAUAGGAAAAGACGUGUGGUACAUUUAAAUUAGUAUUUCCCCCCCACAAUUGUCUCGAGGCUCGAAUUUCCGAAGACCCUUGUCUAGUUAAUGGGAUUAUCAAACUUCGGAAACACUUGAACUCAGUCGUUGGACUGAGUUGCCCUAUAACAAGGAAACGCAGCAGCUGAACCCAUAAUCGAAACUGUAACGUCAGGCAGGUGAACAGGUAGUCAUGGUGCGUACAGCCCUCGGUCACUGCUCAAGAUAUUUUCCCAGGUCCUGAGGAUCAGGACUGAAAAACUCGUGAGGGUCUCCUGUCACCACCAUUAACCAUAUCGAUCAUGGCUGUCUCUGGGACUGCGUCUGUAACAGUUGAAGAGAGAGAGAGAUGGAUGAGGGAUGAACCACUGAUAGAGGACGAGUUUACCUGUGCAGGUGCUCUCCAGGGGUCACUCGUCGCCCUACAGCCCCUGAUAAAGCGUGUUUUUGGAGUGGCAUUGGUAAUUGAGGCAGAAGGUGAUAUGACUAUAGUUCGGAGUGGACAGAUAUGGCUUCGUCUUCAGGGAAGAAGGGAGGAGGUGGAUGCUGCGAAGCUUUUUGUCAAAGGUGUUGUGAAUCAAGAAGCACAGAGGGCAGUACAGUAUCCUGAGGUCCUUGAUUGUACUUUCUGUGGUGCCAGAGGGCUUUUCAUGGACUGCCUGAUCAGAAACACCUCUGCACAUGUAGUGGUGGUCUCUUCGGGUUCCCUGCACAUUUCUGGCCUAGAACUGCCAGUGAUCAGGGCCUACUCCCUCAUUUUGGACUUGUUGGAGAAGUACAAUGCUAGCCAGGGGCGACGGACAGAUGCUACCCUAAGUGGCUCAGGCGAAACUCUGGAGUCACGUCGUGCGUUCAAGGCCCUGGUGGAGAGGUGGGAGGACCGCCACACUCUGGACUUGCUGGUUCUCCCAGCGCCUGUUAAGGAGGUUCUCCUGGAUCUUGUGAAACAAGCCGGACUAGACACCGACAGAGGAGCUGGUCCCAAAAACAACGAUGACGCAUGUCUUCAGCAGGCCCAGAGUAACAUGGAGAGACUGCUGCUCGGAGAGCAUAAUGCCAUGGACAUUCCAGAACAUUCCUUGAAACCCAUCAUUGCCUUCCCAGACAUUCCAUCGCACUCACAACUCCAGCAUUACAUUCCCCCCCCAGGGCCAGUAGGAAUAAGUGUCAACGGAGACAGGACCAGCGGAGACACUGUCAACAGCGAGGAAUCAACAACGUUUUUUCGUCCUGUCCCACAAGACAUGGACCAGAAGUUUUGUGCGGGUACAGAUGUUGGGGAACAAGCGAGCGAAGAACUGGAACAGAGUGGCAGUUCCCCACAGGAAGUCGAGGAAGAGAAUGUCGAAGAGACAACGCCAGAGGAUAUUCUCCUGUCUGUGGGAAGCAGAAAAGAGUUUGAACACCUCCUGAAGUUCUUCACAGCCAUGGGCUUCACUGAGGACGUGGUCCGAAGGGUUCUGACCCGGACCGGGCCCAGGGAGGCCUCCCAGAUCCUGGACCUGGUGCAGCAGGAACAGGCCAAAGAUGGAGGCCAGCAGGUGAGUUCCAGUCAAAGGCAAGCCCAGGACAGAGGAACCUUUGGUGCGGUACCUCCAGGGUCGAGUGGGAGUAGAACUGAAGAUCCAGACACUUUUAUGAAAGAAGUGGCUUGGACAGGUGAGGAGACCAUGAAUGAGGACUUUCUCCUGGAAGUGAUGAAGAUGGCUGCAGCCAGCUGUGGAUACACUGAGACGGAAGUGUCAGAGAUCUAUAGCAACCUGCCUGAGCUUAAACCGCACGAGCUGCUCUUGGAGCUACAGAAAAAGGACCCUAGACAGAAAGAGACUGUGAGAGGUGCCGGCAGAGAGAGAUCAGGGGACAAAGAGGACUGGGGGUGGAGAGAAAAUGCUAUCUCUGAUAAAAAGAGAGAAUCAGAGGUCACCCAAGUAGAUGAAGAAACGAAAGAGUCGAGUGAAGGGAGGAGACCUUUUGAGAAGGUUGAGAAGGGUGGGGGGAGUUCAGCUGGAAAAAAGAAGAGACAGAAAAAUGACAAGAAGGGAGGAAACAGAUCGGACCAAGCCAGGUUUGGAUUGGGGACGGAUCCACAUCCCGUCGACUCAUCUACAACUACGCAAAGACAGAACCACCAAACUCAGCCUCCUGACGAGCGUCCGCUGACAAAUCAAAUCGGUUCCGUUCAGGUUCGAGGACCGCCACUGGCCACCUAUCCCUCGGAUCUGCACCCUACACUCCCAAACCUUGAGCCCCCCGAAACUAAGCUUUAUCAGAAACUGGGACCAACACAGGGUCCCCCACCCACGGCAGCAGGGGCUGUAACAGGGGUGCAGCGCUUUCUUGAAGGCUUACAGAUGCCUUUUGAGCUGAAGCUGACCGAUGACCCUGGUGAUACGAGGUUGCGGCAAGUGAUCAUCGAUGGGAGCAAUGUGGCAAUGAGCCAUGGUCUUGGGCAGUUUUUCUCAUGCCGUGGAAUCGCUCUGGCUGUGCAGUACUUCUGGAACCGGGGGCAUCGCAAAAUCACUGUUUUUAUCCCUCAGUGGAGGAUGAAAAGAGAUCCAAAGAUCAAAGAACAGCACUUUUUGACUCAACUGCAGGAUCUGGGCCUGCUGUCCUUAACCCCAUCCAGAGAGGUCAUGGGAAAAAGGAUCAACUCCUAUGAUGACAGAUUCAUGCUUCAGAUGGCCCAGAAAACAGAUGGAGUGAUCGUAACAAAUGACAACCUCAGGGAUCUAUAUGACGAAUCUCAACUUUUCAGAGACAUCAUCAAGAAAAGGCUGCUGCAGUACCUGUUUGCAGGGGAUCUGUUUAUGGUUCCUGAUGAUCCACUGGGCAGAAACGGACCGCACCUUAAUGACUUUCUGUGUACCCAGAACAGUCUCCCGGUUGUGCGUAGUCACACUUUUGCAGGUGUAGCCUCCUUCGUCCCUCCCGUACCGCCCCAAUCACAAACAGAGGUGCUUCGGUUCCGGGACUGGACACCGGGGGGAGACAGAGGGCGCAGACGAGGUCCACCCAGAUCAGGGCCUGCCGAGAGAAGCAUGGAGGAAACUCUCGGAUUGAAGGAGAAACUGAUCCAGAUAUUCCCUGAUCAAGACAGAGAGAUAACUCUGGUCCUCCAGUGCAACCCUACUGUCACAGACAUCAACUCGCUCUCCGACUUAAUUCUGGAACAACAGAGAGAUAACGCUGAGGGGUAGAGAGAGAGAGACAGAAA